GUCCUCACUUGCACAAUCAGGAUAUUGAGGGGAUCUUGAAAAAGUCUGCACUAUUUUAGACACAAUUUUUAUUGAGAAAUGUCUGAGGAAGUUCCACCAUGCACGCAGAGGUAUAUAUUACAUGCACUCUAUGCAUAUGUUUAAUGGCCACACAUUUAGUACUGCGCAGAUAAAUGCAUUGGACCAUUUUUGUAAACACUUAUUUAUAUACAAUCAACAAACAAAAUUCAAGGACCUAACUAGCUACACAGAAAAGAAAAGCACUGAAUUUCCCUAACUGAGAAUAAUUUCAAUAAAGUAAUAUGUGGUUUUCAUUGAUUGUCAUUGGAACUUGUUUGUUGGAGACAUCUGGAUUAAGCGUUUACCGCAUGAAGAAUAAUGAAAAAUGUCAAGCGCAGAUCACACAUUCUUUAGGUUAUUAUGUACUGAAUGAAGAACCAGCAAUCAUCAAGUGCCCAGUCUUCCAGUAUGUUCAGUUGGACCUUUCUGUAGGACUAUUCCAUUUGGACUGGACUACAAAUGGUUCUGAAAAUGUAAAUAUUGGAAAUAGAUCUAGAAUACAGACUAAUGAAGAAGCCUUGUGGUUCCUGCCAGCUUCAUUAGAGGACAGUGGACUCUAUACUUGUGUCCUGAGAAAUGCAUCCUAUUGCAUUGAAAUAUCAAUGUCUCUGAAUGUCAUGAGUGAUACAGUAACAUCAUUGCCUGAUAUUGAAUAUCCACAAUUUACCUUUGAACACUCAGACUUUCACAUAUAUUGUCCAGAUCUAAAGGACUUUACGAAAGAUCCCUCAAAUGUGCAACUAAAAUGGUAUAAGGAUGGAGAACUUUUGCUGAAUAGCUCCAAAUUCAAACACUUGGAUGGCAGCACACAUGCUAUAAUAAAUGAUGUAAGACAUACUGAUGAAGGGUAUUACAAAUGCCAGUUAGCCUUUACCCAUGAAAACACAGAUUUCUCUGUUUCAAGGAUUAUCCAUCUACGGACUGUAGAUCAAGAGAAGAGACAGCAUCCUAUCAUUGUGAAUCCAAGUCGCAAGACAAUAGCUGCAGCCAUAGGUUCGAAAUUAGUGAUUCCAUGCAAGGUCUUCACAGGCCACGGUGAAACCAAUCUCAUCGUGUGGUGGGUGGCUAAUGACUCUUUUGUUGAUGAACUCUUUGAAGAUGGUCGGGUUACCGAAGGGAUGUUGCAAACAACUACAGAGACGGAUGGCCAAUACUUUGAGGUAUCACUGACUUUUGAAAGGAUUGAAGAGGAGGAUUUUACCACUGAUUUUAAGUGUAUAGCCAGCAAUGACUAUGGUCAAGAAGUUUUGCCAACACAUAUAAAACCAGCAGCCUCCUCCUUUGCCUGGUACAUUGCAGCAGUUCCUGCCCUUGUGCUUUUCCUGAUUAUAGUGAUUAUUGUCACAAACAAACACAGGAAAUGUGGAAAUAAGAAAGAUUACUCUCUGGCCAAGUUAUGAAUGGUUCAUGUAUCUUAUUCUGUUAAAACAAAUUUCUCACUUCAGUAGUAACUGAGAUGGCCAAUAUUUGUACAGUAUAUAAGCUCCUUCUCAAGUGAGAAUCGUAAACAAUACCUAUCGCAUUUCUUCCAACAGUGUUAUCCAGUAUAGUAUUUAAACUGCAUGUAUUCAAACUGUUUUGAAGAUGCGCCAUGAAUAAAGGAACAAAUAAAACCUAUGAAUUGCCAUUCUGUGAACAUGGAUAUACUUUGAAUGCCUUAAAAGCUCACCUGCUCAACUACGUAGAAUCUUCAUGUUGUUAUGGGACAUCAUGUAUGCACAAGACGAGAUGUAUUAAUUAUCACAAUUGCCUGCUUUAAGGUCAGCCAGAAUCCUUAAUUUAAAUCCUAAUGGACAGCUCCACGUAACCUAACUGUCCUAGCAAAGGUUCCACUUCCAGAUUUCUGACCCAGGUGAUGUAAAUUGCAAACAUGGCCACCAGACUGCGCAUGAACUAGUGGCCACUUAUACUUCAGUAAUUCCUGCCAAAAUAAAUGUAACAUGAUAACAUGACAGAUAAUUACAUCACUUAUAAUCUUGACAGGAUAUUUUUGUAUACUGAAGCAUUAUAUGUCAUAAAAUAAUUGCAUCCUAUUCCUACAUUGUAAACACGCCCAGGGACAUACUGAAACAGGAUUUGCUGCCUACUAUUUAUUUAAAUUAAGGGUUGGGUGUGUGUUACCCAGAUGCAGAUCUGCUGUGGGUAGUCAUCAAGUGGUUUAGGGAUUAGUAAAUCGAAAUGCAAAGUUUUUUUUAUAUAAAAGAGAGAAUAGUAACAUUUAUGUUUUUGCAAAAAACAAAAUAGAUGCAUUUAUCAGUUUGCAUGAUGAACAGAUGUAGACACAGUCCAAGUCCCCAUAGCAAACUAGGCAGAUAUUACUGUCCUUGCUGCAUUUUUAGGUGUAAGUACUGUAAAAUGGUUUCAUAUUGUUUUAAUCCUUUGGGGAUAACAAUGGCUAAAACUGGUCUACAAAAUAAAUAAAUCUAUAACAAUGAAAA